GUUUCGAAGAAGUUGUUCAGAAACGUGUUCUCUUUUUUGGCGGUUUUUAUUUGAUGUGAGGGGGAGCUUAAUUCCUAACGUAUCUUAAUUACUAUACAUUCUCCCUUAGAAUCCAUCGCUGGCCAAAUCUCUAUUUGUAGGAAAUUAGAACUACCUUCAUUCAUCACCUUUUGUCCUUGUUAGUCCUUUUUCAAUGCAUGCUUACACUAUCUGAGUUUCAGUUUCUUGGGAGGUUUUAGAAGAAGAAAGAUGGGAUUUCUGAGCAGCUUGUUGGAAAUCCUUGGACUUGGAAUUGGAAUUCCUCUUGGACUCUUGGUGGGGUUUUACUAUUUUAUAUAUUCGAAGCCCAAAGAAGUAGAGGAUCCAGUAAUCAAGCCACUUCAUGAGUUAGAUAAAACUGCUUUGCAAGACCUUCUUCCAGAAAUUCCAUUGUGGGUGAAGAACCCAAAUUAUCAUACAGUGGACUGGAUGAACAAAUUCAUUUCAGAUUUAUGGCCUUACCUUGAUAAGGAAAUUACGGGUAUGAUAAGAAGCACGGCUGAACCUAUAUUUGCCGAGUACAUUGGAAAGUUUAAGAUUAAAGCAAUUGCAUUUGAGAGACUAAGCAUGGGAACCGUUCCUCCUGUUCUUAAUGGUCUUAAAGUGUAUGAGACUAAUGAGAAGGAAUUAAUCAUGGAGCCAUCAGUAAAAUGGGCUGGCAAUCCGAACAUUGUUGUAGUCAUAAAAAUUUUGUCUAUACCAAUUACAUUGCAGUUAGAGGAUCUACAAAUAUUUUUGGCCCCAAGGAUAACUUUGACACCUCUUGUGCCUGCCUUCCCAUGUUUUGCAAACAUAGUGGUGUCAUUGAUGGAGAAGCCUCAUGUAGAUUUUGGAAUGAGCAUAUUGGGCGGUGAUAUCAUGUCUAUACCUGGCCUCUACCAUUUUGUUCAGGAAACUAUUAAAAAGCAAGUUGCAGACCUCUACCUCUGGCCUCAAACUCUUGAAAUACCCAUUCUUGAUGUUUCAACAGUGGCUGUAAAGAAGCCAGUGGGAAUACUACAUGUAAAUGUUGUUCAAGCGGUUAAACUCUUAAAGAAGGAUAUCCUAGGAUCAUCUGAUCCCUAUGUCAAACUCAGCUUGAUUGCAGAUGGAUUACCAGCUAAGAAAACAAGUAUCAAGAAAAAAAAUUUGAACCCCGAGUGGAAUGAGAAGUUCAAGCUUAUUGUGAAGGAUCCCAAUUCCCAGUUUCUUCAGUUACAAGUCUUUGAUUGGGAUAAGGUUGGUGCACAUGAUAGGAUAGGCAGGCAGUUGGUUCCUCUCAAAACGCUUACACCUUUCGAGAUGAAGGAGUUCAAACUUGAUUUGCUCAGGGACAGUAGUAAGGAUACUACUUGUUUUCAAAGCAAGAAGCAAAGAGGGCAACUGGUGGUUGAGCUGAAGUUUGUGCCUUUCAAAGAGGAAAGGGGAAGGUUUAGUGGACCUUUGGAUUUUUGUGAGCCAAAGGAAAAUGGAACUACUAACGAAAAUGGAAUCAACGAAGUGUCAUUGUCAUCGGAUGAUGGAAGUAAUGGGAGUACUCUAGGUGGAGCUGGUUUACUAUCAGUUACGAUCCAAGGAGCUGAGGAUGUGGAAGGCAAAUGUCACAACAAUCCUUAUGCUAUGAUCCUCUAUAGAGGAGAAAUGAAGAAAACAACGAUGAUUCGAAAAACUCGUGAUCCAAGAUGGGAUGAAGAAUUCCAGUUCAUGCUCGAGGAGCCUCCUUUACAUGAUAUAAUUCACAUUGAGGUCCUCAGCAAGCGAACAGGAAUUGGUUUUCGAUUUAAGGAGUCGUUGGGAUAUGUGGAGAUUACUCUUGCAGAUGUUGUACACAACGGCCGGAUCAACCAGAAAUAUCACUUGAUCGAUUCGAAGAAUGGAGUUAUACAUGUUGAGAUCAGCUGGAAGACGAUAUGAGGAAUGAAACCUGGAAAUUGAACUAGAGGAGAACAUUGUUGACUCUGUGAAUGAAAGUUCAUACAGUACUAUACUCUCCUGGACUUGGCAUUAUACGCUUCAAUUUAUUGGUCAUUAAAAGUUUCAUUAUUCAUUAGUGAGGUAGCAAAUACAGGUCCUCUAUACAAGCUGAAGGAUUCUUUUUGUCUCAAAUUCCAUUACAUUGUACAUGCCAAUGAGUCUAGAGAUAUACCAGUUUCACAAAAACAUAUGCUAAUGACACUGAAGCUGUAAUUUAUGGUCUUAUAUUCUGUAUAUGAGUCUAGAGAUAUACCAGCUUUCAUUUUUUGCAAACAAAAAUGUUUAAUAUUAUUAGUACAAAUGGGGAUUUCAUUGUUAUAUACAUCAAUUUAACUGCAUUCUCAUUAUUAUCCAAAAUUCCACUACCAGUUAUGUCAUUAGAUCAAAUGAUUUAUUUGGAGCUUUAAGUUUUUUAUUUUGUAACAAGAGACCAACUAGCUUUUCUUAAUUCUUAUGGUGGGUGAUUGAACUUUGACAAGGUCAAAUUCAUGUCAACCUCAACUAAUUUGAAACUUUAGAAAAUAGUGAUACAGAAGAAUCAAGACACCAACUUAGUUGGUAAACCAUACCAAUCUUCAACUAAGACGGUUAAUCAUCUUCUUGAAAUUGGGAUAUUUGAGGUCAUAUUUUUCUAUGUUCUUCUUGUUCUGGUCGACAUCUGCUCGCAUAUUGGUUGGCCAAAGUAAAAAUACUUUCAAACCCAUCAGCAUCAAUGAAUAUUGUAAACAAUAUAUACAGGUUAUAAAAUUAUGUACUAAUUAAUUAAAGCAAGAAUUGCUUAUAAGGUCAAAAAUAUUA